CGGAACGCCGCCUCCUCGGUGGCCCCGGGUUCCCGGUAUUUUAGUUCCCGGUUAGGCUGCCCUGCCUCCCUUCAGUCACUUUUCAGAAGGGAGUGAGCAGGAGAGGGACGUUCGUGGUACUCGGUGGCUGUGGUGAACUAGCGUUUGUGGCGGUUGACCCUAUGAGAGCUGUCCAAGAUGGCGGCACAUGGGCAGGAAAUGUAGCUGUAAAGAGCUUCCAGUGAUCUCAGAGAUCGGGUCUCUUGACCAGUGUCUGUCUACAGCGUGGAUGUUGGUUAAGGAUGAGAUAUGAAAGGAUCUGUUUUAACUCGGUGGAUCUCCGCCUUGGGUGGUUUUGAGAUUAUUUGGAUAGUUGGUUGCUUUUUUAUGGUUAUGCUUUAUUUUACUUUUAUUUAUUUACUUGUUCGUUUUUGCGGGUCUGAGGACUGAGUGGGAGACUACGUUUCCAGCUCUACCAACGAGAUUCAUCCGCAGAUUUUUUUUUUUUUUAAACAGAGAGUCUCUCUGGUCUUGAACUUGUGACCUUCCUGCCCCUAGAGUACUUGAAAUAAUAGGAAUGGCCUUUUGCUUUUAAAGCUCAGUAAAUCAUUACAUAGCUAAAAAUGUGGAGACGCUGAUUUGUUUUUUCAAACUCAGCUUCAUAAGCCACUCUGUAAAUUAUGAUAGUUUUAUAGUUGUUUCUGUUUUUCCAUCUGAGUAUUGGCGAACACUGGAUGACGGACCACCAUUUUCACUUUUCCAACAUUUUAAAGGACACACUCUUGAGACUAAAACGGAAGUGUCAGAUGCACUUGUAGUCUCACACGUGGAGGCUUCAACUACAGGUUCCAGUUCAGAGCGGAGGAACCAUGAGUCACUUACAAAACUUACUGUUAGAUGCCCUGUUGGGGACGAAGCAUGUGGACAGCGCAGCCCUCAUCAAACUCCAUGAAAGGAGCCUGUGCGUGACAUCACCAGGAUUUAGUAUGAUGCCAAGUGAUGUUCGAACACUUGUGAAUGGAUUUGCCAAAAACCCAUUGAUAACCCGAAGGGAAGGGUUGUAUUUCAAGGAAAAGGAUUACAAAUGUGUCCGAGCAGAUGACCAUUCUCUCUAUGCUAAGAAUGAGAACACUGGUGUGAUCGUGGUGAAGACCCAGAAGUACCUCCUGGUGGCCACUUACACGGCAGGCAUGUAUCCUAGUGUCUGUGUGGAAGCCACGGAGAAGCUGGGAGAUUAUCUAAGAAAUAAAGGAUGUUAAGUCAUGAGACAACUAUUGAAGAAAACUUUGUCAUUUGGAAGAAAAAUAUAGAUCCUUAAGAAAAAUAUUUUGUGGUUGAAAAGCACUGAGUGGAAGGUUAAAACAAAGACUGAGUUAAGCAAACAAGUUUUCUUGUUUCAAAGAGGUCACCAUCUGGAAGCACCUGAGCAGCUUGUUCCUCUUCUUUAAGCAUUGGUCACUGACAUGAAAGCUGAGUGCACUAAUGGGUUUUCACAGGGCAAGUCUGUUGAGAGUCUUACCUCCAAGUCCCCACACAUCUUGCCAGACAUGCCGAGAAUAUAGGCCCUAGCCACGUCCUGUGUGGGAAGCACAAGCACAUUGAAGGUAGAGGGCAACGCUGGGAGUCAGUUCACUUCGUCC